GAGGGGCUAAUGUUAUUGGGAGGGAGAGGGAGGUGAAGGCACCGCUCCUCUGUCUAAAUGAGUUCACACAACAGGCUUCGAGACUUAUACCUCCACCGAAAUCACCACAAGGCGACUGUGGGUUACUCUUCCAGGAACUUUUUUGAGCACUAUUGGUUGCCCCAUUGAGGAAUUCCUCCAUAGGAGUGAACACAACAAAGAGAUCCCCGCUGACGGGAGGGGGAGAGAGGGACAUUGUUUGCUUGUGGCUGUGGGCGACGGGAAAAGCAUGGGUCAUCUUGCAUAAGAUAUGUGUGGAUUUGUGAGUAAGCGAGGGUCCUGUUUGAGCAAGUGAAUGCGAAGGUUUUGGCAUGUUUAUACAUCAGGCCUCUGUGGAACUCAAGGCCUCUGUGAGGAUGCUGGGAGAAGACAGGUUUUUUUGUUCUGCUGUUUGAAUGAUGACGGAGGAACUUGUGUAAUUGUUGGGUUAGCCGUUUUUGUGCACGCGGGGUAAGUAAAGCACCAGCGAGAUCUCAACGGCCACAACCGCCAGCCUUUUGGAUUCAUUCAAACUUUCGCACUCGAACCAGCAGCUGCUUUUGGACGCAGGGAAAACAGUGAUGCUGUCUGAGGCACUUGAUUUUCACUGAAGGGGAUUUUUGGCAGUGGUUUGGGUUGGAAUUGAAUCCCCUUGCAAGGAUUUUUGGAUGUAAUUAGUUCAUUUGCUGCUAACUGUGACUGCUACUAUCGUUGUUGUAGUUUAGGUGAUGUCUGUAUGUAUGGCAAAGAGACCCGGUUAACCCGUGGGUUGAAGAGUCAUGGGUAACCUCAUUAGCAGACCUAGCUGUUUAGGACAAAAGUCCAAACAAGUUAAGUCAGAUGAGAACGUCCUGAAAGAGUGCUACCAGCAACGCAAGGAAUGGACAAUCCCGGAGCCUCCUCGAGAAGAGACCAAAAAAGAGGAUGAGGUUAUCCGUCAAACUCCCACACCAGACAAACAGAGGAGUUCCCCUGCCCCGACCGUCACCACUACCAGCACUCUGGACAAUGCCUGGAGAAGCACUCCGUCCCCUGUUAAGACUCCACACAAUGGCUCUUUGCCCAGAAAGUCUAGUAUUCCGGAGUACAGAAGAUCCCCCCUAAGCCAGUAUGGAUCUGUGGACAGGAGAGCCAGCCUGCAGAGAAGGGAUUCUGGGAGUCCCUGGUCCUGGAAGCCUCUGAACACUCGAGAGGUUACGGAGGUGACAGAGGUGACGGAGACUAUUGUGACAGAGAUUGUGGAAGUGACCGAGUAUCCUCCUGCUGGGAAAGGAGGUGAUCCUAUUGUCACCAGAACUGUUAGAGUGCUUACCGGAGCUGCUGAGGAACUUGCAGAGCUGCAGAGUGAUGGCCAGUCAAGUUCAGACCAGGAAUCAAGUCUAGAUCAAUGGAAGGAUGGAAGAAGCACUUUGGCUUUGAAAGACGCAUUCAAGGAUCUGAAGGCAUUCCAGGAAAAUCUGGAAACGCUGAUGACUUGGGUCUGUGAGAUCGAGGAGCUGACAGCCAAUCAAAAACCACCAUCCUCAGAGUUCAAGGUGGUGAAAGCCCAGCUGCAAGAACAGAAGCUUUUACAGCGUCUGCUUGAGGACAGGAGAGCCAGUAUGGAGAGGAUGAUACAGGAGGGUCCACCCCUGGCAGAGGAGCUUCAGGGAAAGGACAGUGAAAAGACCAAAGUGCAGCUCGCACAGCUUAAACUCAAGUGGGAGUCUCUGCUUCAGGGCGCCACCAGCAGACACAAGAUUCUGGAGGUGAUUCUGCCAAUGGCUCAGCUAUUCCAGGAGAGGACAGACCGACUUCAGCAAUGGCUCAUAUCUGUGGAUCAGGAUUUAGCUGAGCUCCGUUCUGCGGAGAGAGCCAUGCUUCAUCUGCAAGAGGCCACUGGACAAGCCAAGGCAGUCAUGGAAGAAAUAAAAGCAAAGAGUGCUGACUUGGGCAAGCUCCAGCAGUGUGCUCACGAACUCAUGGAAAAGAUUUCAGAGGAGGAAACCCAGCUUGUGCAGGAGCGGGUGGACAGUCUGCGUAUCCGCUACUCUGUGAUGAGUCUGGGCAGUGCUGAUGUCCUGCAGAGGUUAGAGCAGGCUUUAGAGGCGUCCAGUCGAUGCACCUCCAGUCAGGAAGACCUGCAUCUGUGGCUGGGACGUAUCGAGAGAGAGCUGCUGGUUCCUGCAGCCCAAAGUCAGACAGGGGAUGCAGUAUUGUGUUCCUCUGAGAGGCAAAAGUUGGACCAGGCUGUUGAGAAAGAGUUGGCCUGGUUUAAAGACACCUCGCUGGCACUGGAAGAGCUCAGGACCAUUAAUCUCCACCCAGACAUCAUUGUAUCCCAGCUCAAUGAGCAGAAAAAUCUUGCUGUGGAGAUUUUGCAGCACAAGUUCAACAUUGAGAAAAUGGCCAAGAUCUUGGAGCUCCUGCAGACGUACACUGAGGAUGAGGAGACACUGAGGCUCCAGUCUUCACUAGACACUUUACAGGAGCAGUGUCAGGUCACCACUGCCACCAAUGCCCAUGUGGUCCUUCAGCUGGAGCAUGCUCAGUCCCUCCUGUCUCAGUUCUCUGAGGGCUAUGCUGAGGUGUUACCAUGGUUACAGGAAACUAAAGCUCUUAUUGGUCAGUUUACACUGAAUACCAUCAGCUAUGAGGCCUUUCGAGAACAACAGGACCUUUUACAGGGCGCCAGGGAGUCCAUAGCAGAGCAUAAGCCUCUGAUAGCCCGGCUGAUCAUGCUGGCGCAGCGUUUAUCAGACCUGAAUGCGGUUCAGGGACAGGAGUUCUGCCAUAAAGCCAGAGACACUGAAGAGCAGCACCUGGCCAUCAGAGAGCGGGUUCGAGAAGCAGCUGCAGUGCUAGAGGAGUCACUACCGCGCUACACACAGCUGAAUGAGAGAAUGACUGUGAUUGGAGAAAGACUGGAGCAUCUGUGCAGUCACCUGCAGGCCUUGUCGGCUCUUCAAGGCCUCACGCCACGCAUUCAGGAGCAGCUGCAGGACAACAAACACACACUGACAGAGCUCUCCAAACUGGACCUGGACCUCAGCAGUGUGCAAACACAGUCUCAGGAGCUCCUGUCCAGUGCAGGGGCUGUCGGAGGCACUUCCAUUGGCACAGCUAUUCAAGAGCGAGUCUGCUGUCUUACAAGCCGCUGGGAGGAGGCUCAAAAACAGGCUCGGGAGAGGGAGAAGUGGCUGCUCAAUCUGCUAGAUCUGGCAGUGAGAUUCUGGAACGACGUGAGCGACGUCACAGCUGGUCUGAAUGACGCUCAACAAGCCGUUCUGGACCUCAACUCCAAUCGAUCAGAUUCAGAAACCAUUCGGCAGAGCUUGGAGACCAUGCAGACACUCAGGGAGGACAUUGAUUCUCUACAAGGUGACCUGGAAACACUGGGAAUUCUGGGAAUGGAACUUAUGUCAGCUUGUGGUGACACUGACAAACCAGAGGUCACCAAGUGUUUGGAUGAGCUUUAUGGCACAUGGAACAAUCUCAGUAAGAUUUGGACAGAGUGCAACAGUAAACUAGAAGAAUGUUUACGAAUGGCCCUUCAUUAUCAGGACAGCAUGCAGGGACUCUUCCAGUGGCUGAAGUCUGCUGAGUUGAAAUCCACAGAGGAGUUUUCAGUGGGAUCUGACCUGGGAUCAGUUAAAGAGCAGCUGUGUGACCUAAAGGAAUUUAAGCGAGAACUCUAUCAGAAGAAGAUCGAGAUCGAGAGUUUAAACCAUCGCUUCGUGUGUCGUCUUUCUCCGGGCACGGAGCGGCCGGGGUCCGUUUCUCCGCUGUGUGACUUCAGGCAGAGAUGGGACAGCCUGGAGUCAGAGACUGUCAGUAAACAGCACCAGCUAGAGUGUGCGUUGCUGGGUUUGGGUCAGUUCCAGAACACCCUGGAUGAGCUGCACGCCUGGCUCUUGCACACCGCUGACCUGCUGCAGGCCUCGCAGCCAAUCAGCAUCGACCUGCAGACCUGUGAAAUAGAGCUAGCCAAACACAAGGUACUGAGGAAUGACGUGAUGUCUCAUGUGCACACGGUAGACUCUCUGAACCGGGCCGGCAGGAGUCUGAUGGAGUCUGGAGCGGGAGAUACUUCACAUGUCCUGCAGACUCGUCUGGAGCAGCUGAAUGAACGCUGGGAAUUUGUGCGCUGUGAAACCGAGCGCAGGCAGCUCGAGCUGGAAAACAACCUCAGUCAGGUUCAGGACGUGAGCAUGGAGAUCCAGGAUCUUCUGCAGUGGCUGGAGCACACAGACCUCAGGCUGUCCUCCAGUAAGGCGGUAUGGGGGAUGCCGGAUUCUUCAAGCGAGAGACUAAAUGCUCACCUGGAGCUGUGUAAUGAGAUGGACUCGAAAAUGCACGCCUACACAAACGUUCGCUCCGCCAUCCACAGGAUGCUGGAGGCCAGUGAAGUGGCCCGCGGCUCCAGCACUGAGCACAGCUUAUGCAUCCUGGAGCAGAAGUGGAGUGCCGUCUACGCUAAAAUGCAGGAGCGAAAGGCAAAGUUAACUGAGGGUCUUGGCCUUGCGAAGGAGUUCAACAGUAACGUCCAGGACCUGCUGACUAAAAUGGGCAAGUGUGAGGAAACAAUAAACACACUGAGCGCUCCCAGCUUCAUCCUGGACACCAUCUGUUCACAGCUGCAGGAGCACAGGGUGCUGGUCAGUGAGGUUCAGUCUUACGGAGACAGGAAGUCGAGUGUGGAAGCUGCAGCCACACGUCUGUCUGAGCUCAGCAGGAAAGAGGACUGUGAUGUCAUACAGAACCUGAUCAUGACCAUUCAGGACCGAUUCAAAAAACUCCUGCAGCACACCACAGAGAGAGGGAAAACUCUGGAGGACGCAAAGAGACUCGCUAAACAGUUCAGUGAAUCGUGGCACUUACUGGUGGACUGGAUGACGGAGGUGGAACAGACACUGGACACACAUAAAGAGAUCGCUGUUUCACAGGAGGAGAUCAAACAGCAGCUCACUGAACAGAAGGACUUCCAGAAGCUCCUGCGCUCGAAGCGGCCCAUGUAUGAAGCAUGUCUGAAGAGCGGCCGCUCGCUCCAGGAGAAAGCCCAGAGCCCUGCAGACACGCAGCAGCUGGAGAACAUGGUGUCGGAGCUCAGAGACUCAUGGGACACCAUCAGCGGAAAAUCCAGCGAGAGACAACACAAGUUGGAGGAGGCGCUGCUGUUUUCAGGCAGAUUCACUGACGCUCUGCAGGCUCUCAGCGAUUGGCUGUUCAGAGCUGAGCCACAGCUGGCUGAAGACGUGCCCGUCUGCGGAGAGAAAGACCUGGUCAACAACCUCAUCGACAAACACAAGGUGUUCCAGCGGGAGCUUGGGAAGCGGGCCAGUUGUAUCCGCACACUGAAGCGCUCGGUGCGGGAUCUGACGCGCAGCAGCACCGCCGAUGCUCACUGGCUGCAGGAGCAGAUGGAGGAGCUGGAGAGCCGCUGGGAGGCUGUGUGUAAACUCUCUGUGUCUAGACAGGCCCGACUCGAGGCCGCACUGCAGCAGGCGGAGGAGUUUGAUGGUGUGGUCCACUCAUUUCUGGAUCAGCUGUCGGAUGUGGAGCGGGUCCUGAAGUACGGAGUGCUGCCGGAGGAAGAAGAGGCUCUUCUGGCGUUUCGCACAUGUCAUCAAGAGUCGAUGAGUUCAUUGAACGCCCAGCAGGAGGCGCUGGAGAACAUCCGCAGUCUGGGUGAGGAGAUCCUGCGCUGCUGCCACCCGGACUCCGUCAUCACCAUCAAAUCAUGGAUCAGCAUCACCAACACUCGCUACGAGGAGGUGCAGACAUGGGCGAAGCAGCAGGCCGAGAGGAUCCAGAUCUCACUGGCGGCACUACAGGGUGAGAGGGAGCAGAUUCAGAGGAUUCUGGACUGGAUCUGCGCCGCUGAAGACUCUCUCAGUCUGAAAGAGCAGGAGUCACUGCCUGAAGAUCUGGAGCUCACAGCAGAGCUCAUCACGCAACACAUGGAUUUUAUGGAUGAGAUGAAAGGCAAGGUACCGGAGGUUGAAAAUGCCACUAAAUCCUGUAAACACAAGCUGGUCCCCAAACAGCAGGUUUCACCCAGUCGCAGACCAGCAGCGAAGAGAAGAGGAGCUGCAAAGCCUCCACCAUCUGUCCCUGUUCCUCUGGAGAAACUGGACCCUCAGACCCCCAUCAUGUGUCGCCUGGUGAAAGACUGGAGGAAACUCUGGCUUCAGGCUCACGGCAGACAGAGCAGACUGGAGGAACAUCUGCAGCGGCUCAGAGAGUUGGAGGAGUUUGCUAACUUCGACUUCAACAUCUGGAGGAAAAGAUACAUGCAGUGGAUCAGUCACCUCAAAUCCCGAAUUCUGGAUGUUUUCCGAAGCAUUGAUCGAGAUCAGGAUGGCAGAAUCACUCAUAAGGAGUUUAUUGACAGUGUUCUGGCCUCAAAAUUUCCCACCAAUGUGCUGGAAAUGACUGCGGUUGCCAACAUAUUUGAUGUUAACGGAGACGGAUUCAUUGACUAUUAUGAGUUUGUGAGUGCGCUUCACCCCAGCAGAGACCCUUACAGGAGGACAGUAGAUAUAGACCAGAUCAACGAGGAGGUGAGUCGUCAGGUCUCUCAGUGCAACUGUCCAAAGAGGUUUCAAGUUGAGCAAAUAAGCGCAAACCGCUACCGGUUUGGAGACUCUCAGCAGUUGCGGAUGGUCCGGAUACUCAGAAGCACUCUGAUGGUUCGGGUCGGUGGGGGAUGGACUGCAUUAGAUGAGUUUCUGGUGAAGAACGACCCCUGUCGAGUAAAGGGACGCACAAACCUGAAGAUCAAGGAGAAGUAUCUCUCGAGAGACGCCUUCGAGACGUCGGGUCGCAGAGGCAGCGCUAAAGGACUGACGGUCAGCAGAUCAAACUCCAGCCUGAGUUUAUACAGCAGCGCUUCAGCUCCCAGCAGCCCUCUGACACGCAAGGCGUUGCUGCGCAGGAGUUUCUCUGGCGAGAGGUGUGUUCGGCCCAGGAGCUCUAUUGCUGCUUUAGGAAGUGAUCAUUUCUGUGCUGACAUCGACUCGCCUUCACCUACAGAAGAAGCAGAAAGACCUCCAACAUGACCACAUCUCAUCCCGAACCAUGAGCUCAAUCAUACGGACAGACGUUCAUUACUGUACCGACGCACAGGAUGGACCGAAAAUGACCCGCCGCAGGCCUCAGAUCAGUGGCCACACCAGGACGAGUCUUGAGUUUACUGUCAUAACGCUCAUUUCUUACCUCCACAGAUGUUGUUUGUACAGAACCGACUGGAUUUGAGUCCUGCUUUGAGUGUACAUUUGAGAGCGCUGGAUGUCCUGCAUGGGUUUGAGCCGCACGACGCCUGUAGAUUACAACAGCAAUAGAUUAUUUAGUGCUUUACUCAAUAUAUACAUAUGCAUAUUAUUCGCUAUGGAUGCACACUUUUAAUCUGACACUGCCUUCUUAUAAGUUUCACCCCACUGAUAGUGAUGCGAGAUACUAUACAAGCCAAAAACAUCUUCAGAUGUGUGUUGUCUUAUGGUUUAGGCUUUAUGAGAAUUGCUUUGGGGGUCUGUUUUUAUUGUUCUGCGUGACUCUGGUUAUUAUAUCCUCAGGUUCGAAGUGCUAGAAUACUGUAUAUCAGGGUAUUAAAGGGACAGUUCACCCAUAAAUGACAAUUUUAUUCAUCCUGUUUGAGUUUUUUUUUCUUUGCCCUUGACUUUCUUAGGAUUUGGCUUUAUUAGACUUUAUUAUAUUUAAGGGGUGGUCCGAAGUGUAUUUUUAAGGCUUUGUUGUAUUUACAAGGUGAAAAGCAAUGUGUGCUCAUGCUUCAUUUGUUGAAAAUCAUCUUAUUUUUUCAUAUAUCCUAUUUUGAUUAUAUACAGCUACGCUGCUAACAUAAAAACGACAGUCAUAUUUCCUAGUUUCUUCGAAGAUUAGGAAUAGCUGACGUGAAACUGACGUUUCAAAACAGUGUCGAGAUCUUGAAGCGCAAAUGUUUCGGAACACUGCACCGAAGCAUGAUCCGAAACACCCAGGUCACAUGACUAAAGUGUUUCGAAACACCAGGGCAAGUGACUAAAGCGAUUCAAAGCAUCGGCCAUUUCAGAAGCGUUUUGAGACUUGGCAAAUCUGCGUUUGACUGACAGGGCCAGAAAAACCUUCUGUCUCAUAUAGCCUAGUGGACCGUGCGUAUGCAUGUUGUUACUGUGCUUCAAAUGGCUUUUGGGUUCGAAUCCAGACUUGUACAAAUAUUCAGAAACCGUGAUUUUAUGUAUUUUAAUAAUGUUACUGUUUUAUGGUGUGUUCUAGAUAGGAUACAGCUGCGGAUACGCCAUCAAUAUAGCAUUUUUGUAACACUGUAAAACAAAAAUUUAUAUUUUACAGUACUAUGAUGAGGCGACACGUUGGCGCAGUAGGUAGUGCUGUCGCCUCAUAGCAAAAAGGUCACUGGUUUGAGCCUUGGCUGGGUCAAUUGGCGUUUCUUGUCUAAUAAAAACUUAAGGUUCAACUCUACAAAGUGGAGUUCAAUACCUCAAUUUGCUCUACUGGUUCUAUGCUGAAGCUGUUCCAUUGCAAUACAUAAAAAAUGAUCACUAGGUGUCACUGUAGAGACGGGUUUCGAAAUGUUUUGAAGCUUCAACACAUUUGCUUCGACUGUUUCAGUGUUUCAUGAAGCCUCGCUUUGCCCACCACUACCGAAGACCCAUUCUGAAGAGGCUCUGAUUGGUCAGCUAACAUAAUGUACAGUGACAGGUCAGCUCCACAUCACCAAGAAGCAUCUCUGUUUUAAAAUUACAGCGCCUCUGGCCACGCCCUUUUGCUGCGCAGGGUGUAUGUGCGUAACCUGAAGGGUUUAUGACAUGUAUUUUUUGUAGUCCCCAAACUUUGUUCACUGUAGGCUUUACUAAGCUAACUCUGUACAAGCCAAUGUCUCCUGGAUUAAAAUAUGAUAUAGUAGUGGACCACCCCUUUAACAAGAUAUAUAUUUUGCGAUUCACUUAUGUAUGCUUUUGAUUUGCAUUAUGGGACCUUGAUUUUUCUACAAUAACCUUUGAUGUUCACAUUUUUUAAAUAGUUUAAUGUGAUUUGAUGUCCUCAUGGUUUAAAAACCUGGAAAUAAGAUUACUUGCUAUGCAGUAAAUUGUUUCAAACUACUUAAAUGUCAAUAAAAAGUCACUUUGUUAAACUGCAGAGCGGAAUUUUCAACAUUAAACGUCGACAGAGCAGAGGUCAACAUCCCAUAAUGCAAUUUAUAACAGUAAAUAAACUUUAAAAAAUAGGAAAUAUGAAAGUCAAUGGUUACAAGUCUCCAACAUUCUUCAAAAUAUCUUAUUUUUUGUGUUCAACAGAAUAAAAUAACUUGUAAAUGUUUGGCAGCAAUAGUAAAGAUGAAUAAAUGUUCAUUUUUAAGUGAACUACACCUUUAAGUAUGAAUUUAAAGACCACAUGAAAGUAGUACGUGUUGAUUAAAGACGGUGAAUGAAGUUACUUCAUUGGUUUUAGUCUUGGAGGGCAAAACAUCCACAGAUCUGUCAAUUUACCAUCUGUUUCUAGCCAGAUAUGCAAUCAAAAAUGAUGUUUGUUCAAAGUAGUUUUUUAAAAUGAGCUGAAACAAUACAUUUCUUGAGAUUUUUGAGAGUGCGACUUAAUAAUUCUAUUUUAAAUCCAAUUAAAUUAGCAAAAACUAGUAAGUUAACUUAAUUCCUUCAUGUUGUCCCAACACAAAUCGAUUGUGUAGAACCCAGCAUUUUUACAGUGUGUUUAGAUCAUCUCUGAGAAGAAGAAACACAAAUAUAUGAGAGAAAGCAAGAGUCUAAAAUAAAAGCAGAGUCUGAUAAAAGCAGUCUGCGGAAACACUUUGAUUGACAUUCUUCCUUUAUAUGCGUCAUCAGAGGGGGAAGCCCCGCCCAUUAGUGAUGAUCUUAAUGAGACAUAGGCAUUUAUAGCCCCACCCUUUUUUUCAAAAGAGAGCUGGGGGCACAAUCUCAUUUGAAUUUAAAGUGACAGUCACCAAAAUGACACAAUUAGGAUCAUAAUGCGUCAUUUAAAAGAGUUAUAAACAUUAUUUCUGUGGUAUUUUGAGCUGAAACUUCACAUACACACACUAGGGACUUAUUUUACCUCUUGUAAAAAGGGGCAUAAUAGGGCCCCCUUAAAGUCAUCCAAAUGAGCUGACAAUAUUAAUGCACUUGUAUAAAUUGAAUAGGUGUUUUCCUAAAAGAAACACGUUGCAUUUAUACUGUGGCUUUAUGUGCUUGCCUGUGCGUAGUGUGUCCUGAAGGUGGUUUUAAGGUGCAUUAGGCCACAUUAAACCAGUUUAUAAUGGUUUUUAUUUGGAAAACCACAAUGUUUGAAUUAGAGUGCGAAUUAAAGCAGUUAUUUUUGCAGAAUGAAGUCCAACAGGUUUAUCGGCAGCUGUUGUAUAAGACGAAGGGCUUUAUUCUGUGAAAACAACCGCCUGGAUGUACUUUAUCCCACUUUUUCAUGGCCAGUUGUCACAACACGAAAACAAAUCGACACAAAACAUUGUUCUGAGCCGUAAAAAUGUAUCAAUUUUUUAAUUAAAUGCAAAAAGCUGACAGAAACAAAAACGGCUGAAUGGAGCAUACACUAACCUGCACAUUAUUCAGUCACAAGAUGGCGCCAAACAGUAGAUAAACAUAGAAAUAUAGGCAUGAACGUAUUUACUGAUGGUUAAGAUUUUUCCCGGAGAAGCCUGUGUUAUUAUCUUCAGCGGUUGUUAUCUGGGAAUAACAUACCUUGGAAUGUUGUUCCUGACCAAUCAGAAUCAAGUAUUCCAGACUGAUUACUACAGCUCUGGUUCUAUUAAUCAUCUUGACUGUUAGUGAAUUGACUAACCCAGACGAGUCUGUUUCAUUUGUUUAAUUGGUUUAAAUUUGAGAAUACCAUGUAUUCCACAUCCACAGAGCUGUGUAUUAUAUAUUAAUAAACUGAUAAGUGUUGUGAAUUGCAGCCCUAAAUUCAGAGAUGUAGAAUACAAUCAUUCCAGCACAACCUGAGGUGCACAUAAGAAAAGGCAUUUUAUUUUCAUGGGGUCUUUAAAUACUUGAAUUCUUCCGUUGUGAGAUGGUUUACAGUUUAGAAUGUUCUUUAGUGUUCGUGUUUACUGUAUCAACUACAUCCUACUGUGUGUAAAAUGUACAAUAUAGCGUAAUGUCCAGUGUAGAGUCACAUAUAAAGUAUUUCUUUCAUUUUUUAUUCUCUUGAUUUUUGAGCAGUCAUCAAAAAUCCACCGGUUGUAAUAACUUCCUUUGAGGAUAUGAAAGUGUAGGUCUCAAUGAGAUUAGCUGACGUCACACAGAAGCUCUUUUGAUCACUUUUGUUUGAGCCAAAAUCAGAAGCGCAUUGAUGUGAUCUGCUUUUUUUUUUACAGUGUGUGCCGCUCAGGGCAAAUCUGCUGUUUCCAUCGUUUGCCUUAAAGCUGUCUGCGAUUGUCGUUGUUGGGUGAUUUUUCUUCUUAUGUCACUGUACCAAGUGUUAUGGAUGUAGCAUUUGAUUCCAAUACAUAUCAGAUAUGUGUGUGUUUUA